AUGACUCUUGGUAGUUUGUUGGCUUUGGGAUACCACAUUGCUCUUUGUUAUAAACGGGCAUCUAAACCAAUCAUUUAUGGAGAUCUUUCAAUAUCCCCGGAGACCAUAGACGCUCUUUAUGAAACAUACAUAGUUCUCAGGGGCAACGAUAGAAAAAUGGUUGAAUCAAAUGCAUCAAGACUGGGAUUCACGGGCCCUUGGAUCACUAAAUCAUAUCUUGAAAUGAUGGCUGUUUCAACUGCAGAUUUUAUCUCACUUUAUAUGUCGCUUACCCCUGCUACUUCAAAGGUGUUUAAUGAUGCAACCUUUGCAAAGAUGAAGAAAGGAGUUCGGAUCAUCAAUGUGGCACGGGGUGGAGUGAUCGAUAAAAAUGCCUUAUUGAGGGACCACGAUAAUGGAAUAAUUGCACAAGGAGCGUUAGAUGUUCUUCUAUCUGAGCUGGCACCUUAUUUGACACUAGCUGAGAAGUUGGGAAUCUGUGUUAUGGAGUGUAGUCAUGUCGGGUUCUAG